CCUCCAUAUUGCUAUGCUGCCCAUGGGCUUGUAAUCAUUUAGGAGCAGGAUUGCCACCCACAGGCCAGGCAAGGUCUCUGCUUCUGGUCCAACAGGCAGCUCUGUUGGGUCCUUGGUUGCCUUGCUGCUGAUGGUCAUGGCUUUGUACUUUCAGCACCGUAUUGCCCCUGGGAACUGCUGGGCUUUCCAAGGAUCUCAAGGCCACGUGGUCAUCCGGUUGCCCGUAGAGGUCUGGCCAACGGCUUUCAGCGUCUGGCAUAUCUCUGAGGCAGUGUCGACUUCUGGGGAAGUCAGCGAUGCCCCAAAAGAUUUUGCCGUCUUUGGAGUGGAUGAGGCUGGGGCAGAAACUCUCCUGGGGACGUUCACCUAUGACGUGAACAAGAUGAUUGCUCAGACGUUCCAUGUGCAGAGGCAGCUUCCCAAGACCUUCCGGUACAUCAAAUUCCAGGUGGAGAGCAACUGGGGAAAUCCAGAGUACACCUGUGUGUACCGAGUACAGGUGCACGGGAAGAGAGCCGGACAGGAUGGCGACCGGCAGGCACUACAGAUCAUUUAGGACGAUCAAUAAAAAAGU